AUGACCAUUAGGAACCUACAGACUUCAGACACCGAGGUGGAUAUCAUCCAGGUGCAGAAAAGGAUGUUACAAGCUAUGCUGGAUGGGCUUGAUGUGCUGCUGAGCCAGAAGAUUUGCUCCAGGAGGUUGAAACUGCAAGUGUUAGAUAUGCUGGACAUGCACCAAAAGUUCUGCAGAGUCUGGGCUGGACACAGCUUGGAAGUCUGCUCCUCAGAGGCCAUGAAGAGGAGAAACACAGGGAAAAGUGAGGCAAGGGCAGCAGAAAAGCGACCCCUCAGGGUGACUGUGGACUUGAGUCUUGGUCAGACAUUUCAGACUCCAUUCCAAACCUACCUUCUCAAGUGGAUCCAAAAGAGGAAAGAUCUGGUGCAGCUGGAUUGUACGAAGCUGUGUGUCACCGUACCCUGCAUUGCAAGUAUUGCAGAGGUCCUGGAAAUGCUUAACCAUGGUUCUGUGAAGGAGCUGAAUGUUCGGAACCUCUGGACACCCUUUACCUUGGUUCAUUUUGCCCCUUACCUGGGCCAUAUGAAAAAUCUUAAAAAACUAAUUCUCAAUAACAUCCGUGUGCCUGUGUCCCUUUCUCUAACUGAGAGAAAGGAGUUAGUCACCCAAACCACCUUUGAAUUCCUUAAGCUUCUCUCUCUGGAGGAGAUGUAUAUGGAAUCUGUCUCCUUCCUGGAAGACCACCUGGACCAGGUGCUCAGGCCUGAGCCCCUCCGAUCUUUCCUGAAUAACCUCACAGCCACGCUGACUACCCUACACUUGCAGGCCUGUGGGAUCACGGAUGCCCAGGUCCAUGCCUUUCUGCCCACCUUGAGCAACUGUUCCCAGCUCACUACCUUCAGCUACAUGUGGAACUGCAUGUCCGUAGCCACCCUGGAGAGCCUGCUGUGCCACACUGCCCGGCUAAGCAGCUUAAGCCUAAUGUAUUCUGCUCCUGAAGAGGUUUGUGUUUCCAGGCAUGGUGUCCACCAGCUGAGACAGGACCAGAUUCUAGAUGGGCUGAGGAGGAUCAUGCUGCCGUAA